CUCCCUCCCCUCCUCCCUGCCUCCCCCCGCCUCCUCCUCCCCUCCUCCCUCCCUCCCUCCCGCUCGGGGCCCCACGCCGUGGCGUGCGAGAGCGCGGCGAGGGACGUGGGGAGGCGAGAGAGGGGAGAGAGCGGGCGAGGUAAGGGGAGCGGCGUCGAGAGAGAGAGAGCGGAGAGAGGCUACCGACUGCACCGCGAUCCGCCCGAGACAGCCUCCUUCACUCAACGUGUGCAGGCAACAGACAACAACACACGGGCACAGGGAGAGAGACAGAGAUACACAGAGACGCAGAGACACGCGGAGAGAGGCGGACAUCGCGCCCCGGGGCCCGAUUCGAGCCCCGCUGUAGGAAGGAAGCUGCGGGCAAGAGACGACAACGACGACGACGAGAGAGGAGAGAGCCCCCCUUGUGGGGGGAGAUCGGGCGAAGCGGCGGCUGCGUCUCCUCCUCUGCCUGCUACACCCCUCCUCGGCUGUGCCCCGCGUGCUAUGCUGGGACACAUGCAUCGAGCGGCAGACCGGCAGACAGCAGCAGCAGCAUCAUGCCCCGAGUGAAACAGCAAGCGCCGCGCAGGCUCGCAGCGUUCCUGUCGGAGGAUGAGCUGUUGCAAUCUGGGAAUGACGGAGAGGAUGAGGAGAGGUCGGAGGUCAGCGACUCGGGCGCCAAAGAUGACGCUGCCUCGGAGCUGCCCGAGGCGCCGCCGGCGCCGGCAGGUGGCGGAGGAGGAGCCGAUCCUCCCCGGACGGACGAGGACUGCAACGGUUGCCUGAAGCGAGCCGGUGACACGGUAGCGGCGGCGGCAGCGCCGGCAAAACCCCUCGGCAAAGACUCGACCGACACGGGUGCCGGCGAGGCCGGCGGCGCCGCGGCCUCCGGCGCCGAGGACCCGGCGAAUUCCGACCGCGGUGACGAGAAAAAGGGGCGGACGGAGGCCGAGCCCCGGGCGCGCGACGCCGGCAGGACGGCGCCGUCGCUCGGGGAGAAGCGGCCGGCGCCUCCCGGCGAGCGCAAGGAGAACGGCGCCGACAGCGGCCUGGCGCGGGAGAGCUUCGCGCACAUGAAGGCCAUCUACGCCAGCCUGCUCUCCCACCCCUACUGGUCCACCGUGGGCUACAGCCACGGCCCGCCGGCGCUCGGCAAAUCCGGCAGCGGUGGCGGCGCGAUCAGCGGCGUCAACGCCGACAGAUACGGCGGCGGGGGCGGGGGGGGCACCGGCGGCGGCGGCGGCGGCGCCUUCAACUGGCACCGUGCGGCGGUGGCCCGGACUAUGCAGCAGCACGCCGGGGUUCCCGGCAAGCACGCCGAGUCGUCGUCGGCGUCGUCCGCGGGGACCGGGGGGCCCGGCGCGGCGCGUGCGGCGGCGCACGCGCCGGGCGGUCGGCCAAGCCCGACGGCGGCGACGGGCGCCAGCAAGUUCCGGUGCAAGGACUGCAGCGGCGCGUACGACACGCUGGUGCAGCUGACGGUGCACAUGAGCGAGACGGGCCACUACCGCGACGAGAACGUCGACCGCGACCGCCGCUGGUCCAAGGCGCGCAAGCGCUCGCUGGUGGACAUGGAGAGCGAGCAGGAGGCGCAGAAGGUGCUCAAGUGCAUGUGCUGCGGUCACUCAUUCGAGUCGCUGCAGGACCUCAGCGUGCACAUGAUCCGCACGAAGCACUACCAGAAGCUGCCGCUCAAGGAGCCGUUCUCGUCUGCCGCCGGUGCCGGCGCCGGCCACGCCGCCAGGCCUGGCCAGGCCGUCAAGAAGAAGGCGCAGGCCGAAGGGCACCUCCCCGGCGACGCGGGAUCGGAGCGCAAGGGCGCCGGGUCGGCGCCGUCCUCCGACCGCGCUUCGCCGGCGGGAAAGGCCAAGCCGGGGCAGCAGGGAAUGCCGUCGAACAGCCGGUGCGGCUACCAGAACGGCGCGAGUUACGCGUGGCAGUUCGAGGCGAAGAAGUCGCAGAUCCUCAAGUGCAUGGAGUGCGGCAGCUCGCACGACACGCUGCAGCAGCUGACGGCGCACAUGAUGGUGACGGGACACUUCCUCAAGGUCACCAGCUCCGCGCUCAAGAAGGGCAAGCACGUGGCCUUCGAGCAGCAGCAGCAGCAGCAGCCGCCGGCGCCGCCGCCGGCGCACGACGCCAAGGUGCAGGCGGUGCAGCUGCUCCCUAGCAGCGUCGCCGUGCCAACCGCCGCCGGCGCCGCCGGCGCCGCCGGCCACAAACCGCCGGCGCCCGCCACGACGGAGCCGCGCCCCAAGCUUCCGGCCUCCCCGUCCGCGUCCCUCCCCGGGCCGCUGCCGUCCCCGCAGCGGGCGCCCAACGGGCCCCCGGCGUCCCCGUCGCCGCGCUGCCCCGCCGCCCGCAGGGCGUCGCCCGUGGGGGGCGGCCCCCGCGAAGCGCCGGCGGCCGGCGGGGGGAGCCCCCCGAGCUCGCCGGUCCCGACGCCGCCGGCGGCAUCGCCCGCCAAGGACCCGGCCGCGGCGGCGGCGGCGGCGCGGCGGAUGCCGGACGAGGCCUCGCGCGGAGCGGCGGGCAGGGAAGACGGCGGCGGCGGCGGCGGAAAGGGCGCGAGAGAGGGGAGCGGCCGGGGGAGCGCCGCCGGCGGACGCACGGGCGGGGAGGGGGAGCCGUUCUCGCGGUACUUGCGCGAGGAGGACCUGGGCGGCGGCAGCGGCGCCGCAGCCGGACGCGACAUCCUCAAGUCGCUCGAGAGCAUGGUGUCGUCGGCCAUCGACAAGGCGCAGAACGGCGCUCCCAGCUGGGGCGGCUACCCCAGCAUCCAUGCCGCCUACCAAAUCCCCGGGCUGGUGCGGCCGGGCCGGCCCGACGAGCCGGCCAAGGAGCUCCUCGCUCCGAAGGUGGAGCAGCAGCAGCAGCAGCACAGCGCAACCGUGCAGCAGCAGCAGCAGCCGCAACAACAACAGCAGCAGCAGCUGCAACAGCAGCAGCAGCAGCAGCAGCAGCAGCAGCCACAGCAGCAGCAGCAGCCACAACAGCAGCAGCAGCCGGCGCCGACGACGACAGCCGUAGUGGCUGCGCCGGAGCCGGGGGCCGGCGGAGCGAGUGCGCGGCCGGCGCCACGCAGCAAGGUGCACGCGAUGGAGGAGCUGGUGAAGAAGGUGUCGGGGAACAUCCAGAAGGCGGAGGAGAGCCGGACGCGCGCGCGGGUAAAGUCGCCGCUCGUCGCCGCGCCCCCCGCCGGCGCCGCCGGUGCGGCCGCGGUGAAAAGCGAGGGCGGCCCGGACGUGAAGAGGGCACGGAGCUCGGCGAGGGGCGGCAGCCACAGGCACGGGGACGGCGCGUCGGCCAAGAGGAGGGACGCCUCGAGGAACGCUCACAAGGAGGCGGGCGCCGGUGGUGCGAGUGGUGCCGGCGGUGCCAGUGGUGCCGGCGGUGCCAGUGGUGCCGGUGGUGCCGGCGGUGCCGGCGGCGCCGGCGGUGCCGCCGCCGGAGAAAAGGGCAAGUGUUUUCCGGCGGUGAGCUGCUACCAACCGCCCGAGAAGGCGUCGGUGAACCCGCUGAGCGCGCUGCAGUCGGUAAUGAAUGCCCACCUGGGCAAAGUGGCCAAGCCGACAGCGCCGGUCACCGACCCCAUCUCCAUGCUGUACAAGAUGAGCAGCGGGCUGCUGGACAAGCUGGUGGCCGCCACGCCGCCCGCGCAGGCGCGGAGCUCCGAGCCGCUCGAGGCGUCGUUCUACCGGCACCGCCGGCGGCAGGAGGACGGCGCCGGCGCCGGCGUCGGAGGCGGGUCGUCGGACCAGCCCAUCGACCUCACCAAGUCGGCGAAGGGCGACGCCAACGGCCAGGCGGACGGCCGCGUCGCGCCGGCGCCCGGGCGCCAGCCGCCGCCGAAGCCGCCCCGCGCCCCGUCCAGCACCGGCUCGGAGAGGUCGGACGCGGACGGCCGCGGCGGCCGCGGCGGCAGCGGCGGCGGCAGCGGCGGCGGCAGCGGCGGCAGCAGCGCGGCGGAGGAGGCGGACGACCCGGCCAACGGGCGCAAGCGCAAGGGGCGCCAGUCGAGCUGGAACCCGCAGCACCUGCUGCUGCUGCAGGCGCAGCUGGUGGCCGGCCUGCGGCGGAGCGGGGACGGGAAGUACGUCGUGCCGGACCUGAGCAGCAAGGCGCGCGCCAGCGUCGCCCGGCUGACGGGCGUCGGCGUCACCACCAUCAGCCACUGGCUGGCCAACGUCAAGUAUCAGAUCAAGAAGAGCGGCGGCACCAAGUUCCUCAAGCACAUGGACACGGACCACCCGGUGUUCUACUGCGCCGGCUGCGCGCUGCAGUUCCGCACGCCCGCCGCCUACGUCGGCCACCUGGAGUCCCACCUGGGCUUCCAGGUGGGCGACCUGCCCGGCGUGUCGGAGGAGCGGCUGCGGGAGUGGGCGGCGCGAGGGAGGGCGCCGCCCGCGCCGGCCGCGCCGGACGACGACGGCGACGGCGGCGGCGGCGGCGCCGAAGCGGCGCCGGGUGGCGGG